AUGCGCGAGAAGACGCGUGCCAACGGUGGCGGUAUCGACCUCCCGUUGCAGGACUACGUCCUCCGCCUCCACUACGACAACGGCGAGGACAUCGACGAAGCGGGGGACGACGGCGGCGACGGUAGCGGCGACGAGGGCUGCUACGACGACGAUGAGGAGUUUCCUGACCGUCGCCGCCAGGCGCAGCGGGCCGCAGCCCGUACCCACGACGGCUGCACCAAGGGGAUGCAGCAGAAGGCGGCGGCAACGACGACGACGACGACCUCGGUGGUUCGGGGGUCAAUCCCUGCACCGGUAGUGACACUACCGCCCACCCGGGGUCCAACUCCAUCGCCGAGGGGGACAGCCGGUGGCAAUUCCACCUCGCCGCCGGCGUUCGCGCCCAGAACGAGCGCUCGAACCAGGAGGGCCGCCACCGAGCCCUCGGACGACCUCGGGGACACCAGGACGCAGGAGGAGGACCAGUGGCACCCCCCAGGCUGUGGUACCAGUCGCGGCCGGAAGAAGAACGCCGCCGACGACAUCACCGGCGGCGAUAGAGUGCCGCACCCCGAGGAGAGGGAGAAGCGCCCGGGCGACGUCACUCCCGCCCGGGGGACAGACGGAGGGGGGCAACACCACCGCCCCCAGUUCCCCGGAGGUGGGGACGAUAAGGAGAAGGAGGGGGAGGAAUCUCCCGACCAUCGAGGAGUCGUCGUCGGGAGAAGAAGCAGAGGCAGCGGUGGUUCCGUCGUCGUCGUCGGACGAGGAAUGGAGAGUGGCGGCCCCCAGAAGAGGACGAAAGAGGGCAGGGCUGCGGACUCCCGUACCGGGGGAGCGUGGAAAAGGAACGGGAAGAAGAAGAAGGCCCCCCGGCAGCGCUAG